GGUGCACGACACCGGACACGCACCGGCGUAGCAGCAUGGGGCGCGGGCAGAAGGGCAACCGCGGCGGGCGAGGCGGCGGGGGGCGCGACCGGCAGCAGGGGAGCGAGGACGAGGACGACCACCGGCCGAUUGCAAAGCAGAACGCGAACGUCGGCAUGCUCCCGCCCUCUUCGUCGGAGGACGAGUCGUCCGAGGAGGAGGGAGGGCAGAACCCGAACGCGGGCAUGAUGCCUCCUUCGAGCUCGGAGGACGAGGCGGAGGAAGAUACUCGCCCAAAGGCAAUGGGGAAGGGCAAGGCGCUCGACUACGGCGGCAGCAAAAAGGAGGAGUCGGAGGAGUCGGAUGAGGGGCCGGACCCCGAGACAAUGCGCAAGGAGAUGGAGCAGCUCGCGCUGGUCAAAAAGCGGCGCGAGGAGCAGGCAUGCGGCCAAGAGGGUAGAGAAGGAGGGGUGGGACCGCUUCAAGCCCAUGUCCGACUCCAACCACCCUCCAGGAACGCAGAUAUGGGGAGAUGUGGGGAGAUGUGGGGAGAUAUGGGGAGACAUUCAGCUGCCGAGAGACAGCCGAGAGACAGCCGAGAGACAGCCGAGAGACAGCCGAGGGGCAGCCGAGGGGCAGCCGAGAGACAGCCGAGGGGCAGCCGAGGGGCAGCCGAGGGGCAGCCGAGGGGCAGCCGAGGGGCAGCCGAGGGGCAGCCGAGGGGCAGCCGAGGGGCAGCCGAGGGGCAGCCGAGGGGCAGCCGAGAGGUAGCCCUGUCUUCACGCCCUGGCCCUGGCCCUGUCCACAUCGCAGGCAUGCGCGAGCCGGAGGGGGGAUGGGCGGCGGCCACAAGCUCUGUGUAGGCUCUAUCUCGCGUGCAUCCGAUCGAGCGAGCGCAUCGGGCUCAUCGCGCUCGCCGCCACCGACGGCCACGCCACCGCUGCCCUGCCAUCGCCACCACCGCCAGCGAAACUAGUGAGUAGUGUGUGUGUGUGCGUGCCCUCCCGAGCGAGGGAGAGAGCGUAAGUGUGCCCGCUUUUGGCACUGAAGAGCGACCACAAGAAUUGUUAAAAU